ACGAGUAUUAUGAAAGGACAAAGAAGUACACUGACGCUGUAGUUGCCUAUAAAAGUGGUAGUCGUUAUGAAGAAGUAAUCGAUUUAAUGCAAAGGCACAGAAAAGAAAUUGAUGAGAAGAUAUUUCAUAGUGUUCCCGACUUAGGAGCGAAUGAGCCUAAAAGACAUUGCACCAGAAGAGUUUCUGGAGUCUGUGAGAAGAAUGGUCAAUUUCGCGAUGAAGAUGUAAUCGAAGCGUUACAGUGCAUUUUACAAUUAUGCAGGGAAUUCGAGGACAUUUUUGUUGUAAGCAAGGUAAAGGAUCGUGAGCAGAAACGGAAAUGUUCUUUUGACAACCCGUUUGUUCAUCUUAUUUACGAGGAUACGGCAGAAACUCCUCUUGAAAGUCAAUCUGAAGGUAGAGAUAUUCCGUUCGUAAGUAGUUAUAUCUGUAAAGAUGCAAAAUCAUGUCAAAAGACGGAUUGCCGAAAACAUGACGUAGUUCCGUCACAAUCGAUGCAAUACCAACGUCUCACUCUUGCAUGUCUCCAAUAUACCGUGAUGCGACAAUGGAUUUAUUAUACCGUGGCCGAAUUCUUAAAGAUGAGCAAACAGUUGCGGGAAGAAUGGUGCAUUGAUAAGUUUGAUUGGGAGAUUUCAAAAACAAUAGAGAUUUCACACCCUAAUGAUUUACCCGUCGGUUAUGAUUACUAUGGAUAUCCUAAAGAGAUUCCAGUUGAAAAGUGGCUUUCGUCAUUCUUUUCUUGGCUCCAUUCUAAUCAUUAUAAUUGCAACAAAUUCAACAACUCUCGAAUACUUUAUCUAUUAUAUACGGAUCUACCAAUAUCAGAUGAUCAUCCUUCUGCUGAUACAGCUCUUAAUCAAGAAAUACAUUCCAAUACCAAUGGGAGGUGUGCCGAGAUUGCUGAAUUGGAAAAGUCGAGUGGAAGUGCCGAAACAAGUAUUCCAGCAUAUAAAUAUGUACCGCAACGAACCAAGAAAAGCAUUGAUCCAACUUUUGUUGUUGACAGUGAAGAAGACGAAGAUGAUGACCGAUUUUCUGUUUCCAAGGAUGCCUCAUAG